GGACUCUGCAGACACACACACACAUUUACACAGAGAGUCACACACACUGAGCUGUCCUCCUCCUCAGCCCUGUCUGUCUGUCUGUCUCUCUACUAACGGGACAAGUUUAACCCUCCAGGAUAUCUCUUCUUCUCCUCUUCUUCUCUCUCUCCUGCGUGUGAACAUCUCGACCGGGCUGAGGACGUUUACUGCUGCUGAAAGGAUGAUGAUGAUGGUGGUGAUGAUGAUGAUGGGAGGAGGCCAUGGCCGAAGGUGCAGCCCUCGCUAGAAUCAUACUUUCUCCCCUCCCAAAGUCACCCCUCCACCAUCCAUCCACCACUGCCGUCCCCCCCUCCGGCGCCAUGGCCAACCACCUCGAGCUGAUCCAGGAGCUGCAGCAGCUGGACAAAGUGCCCAGUCUGGAGAGGCUGCGGACGGCCCAGAAGCGGCGCACCCAGCAGCUGAAGAGAUGGGCCGUGUACGAGAAGGAGAUGCAAAAUAAGAAGCGGAAGGCCGACAAGAAGGGACGCAACGCCAGUAACCUCCAGCAAGAGUCCAAGAGGCACGUGUCGUUCGCCGCCAGCGUGGCGCUCCUGGAGGCGUCGGCCAGGAAUGAUCCAGAUGAAGUGCGCUACCUGCUGAAGAACAAUGUGAGUCCAGACCUCUGCAAUGAAGACGGCCUCACCGCCCUGCAUCAGUGUUGUAUAGAUAACUAUGAUGAGAUGGUGAAGAUCCUGCUGGACCGAGGAGCCAGCGUCAACGCUCAGGACAACGAGCUGUGGACGCCGCUGCACGCCGCUGCCACCUGUGGCCACGCAGGACUGGUCAAGAUACUCAUUUCACACGGGGCAGAUCUGCUGGCGGUCAACUCUGAUGGGAACAUGCCGUACGACCUGUGUGAAGACGACCCAACACUGGACAUCAUUGAGACGGCGAUGGCCAAUAGAGGCAUCACCCAGGAGAUGAUCAACGAGACACGGGCGUCAACGGAGAGGAGGAUGCUGGGAGACGUUCAGGAACUGCUGAGACAGGGAGAGGAGGUCAACCAACAGGACUCUCAGGGAGCGACUCUGCUCCACAUCGCAGCAGCGAGCGGCUACGUGCAGGCUGCAGAGCUGCUGCUGGAGGGGGGAGGCCGCAUGGACCUGAGAGACACCGAUGGAUGGCAUCCUCUUCACGCUGCAGCAUGCUGGGGUCAGAUGCAUGUGGCAGAGCUGUUGGUGUCUCAUGGAGCCAGUCUCAAUGCCAAGACCUUCCUAGAUGAGACCCCCAUCGAUCUGUGCGAGGAUGAGGAGUUCAGAGCCAUCCUGCUGGACCUGAAACACAAACACGACACCAUCAUGAAGUCACAGCUCAAACACAAAACCUCACUGUGCAGGCGAACGUCCAGCGCAGGCAGUCGUGGAAAAGUGGUGCGGCGAGCCAGCCUGUCGGACAGACACAACCUGUGCCGUAAAGAGUACGAGACGGAGGCCAUCGUCUGGAGGGGAGGGAGAGAGGAGGAGGAUGAAAAAGAGAAAGAGUCUGAUCAGGAGAACACCCAGGUAGUUAAUGUCAAGCCAGUCGUAGCUGUGGAGCUGCCAGACACACCCAAGCGGCCCACCAUCCUCAAAGAUGGCUGCAGCAAACAGAACGGCCUCAUCUCCACGACGACGUCCACGCCGCCGCAACCGCCCUCCAACGGCAACGCGUCGUCGUCGUCGUCCGAUAAGGGCGGGGUCGUCGCCACCCCGCCACCUCACGAGGAAGCCUUGCCGAGAGAGCGCGCUCAGACUCUGUCUGAGCUCAAGAAACAGAGGUCCGCCGCCAAAUUGUUGAAUCACCCCUUGUUCAACGGUCACCUAGGUAACGGCUCCGCAGACUCCUUCACUGAUGCCAAAAACAACUCCGAGGACCCCCGCAUGCCGCUGGUCUCCUCCAAUGGCAACGCGGUUUAUUACACGCCAGCCAGCGGCGAGCCGCCCCUCCUCAAACUGAAACAGCCACUGGAGGAAGAGCAGCCGACGGUGCGAAACUGCUGCUGCGUGUCAUAGCAGCCUGGUCACGUGACUGUUGACGGAACAGAAAGUGUUUGCACAGAGAAGCGAGGAACGUGCUGUAGGAUGAGAGGAAGGAAGGACAGAGAGGGUGUUCCUGUCUUUUAACAUCCUUUAAACUUCUCCCAAAGAUGGCAGGCCUGAAGAAGGUUUAGAAACUUAAUCCUUGUACCUCCCUGCCAUGUGACUCCUGCUACAAUAAGAUACAUUUUCCCCAAAUGCAGGCAUGUUUCAAUCGUAGCAGAGAAGAGGAAAGGAACAGUGGCAGGAGCAGUGCCACUUUUUUCCUCCAGGUGUCACUUGGAUUCAAAUUCCUUUCCGUAUAUGGAGUCUCUCUACAAGACAAAUGGAGACAGAGUGUGAGACGCUGUUACUCCGGCCCUGCAGUGCACCUUUAAGAAUCAAAGUGUGGACAGAUUUUUUUAAAGCUUUUCACCCAGAAGGUGUCAAAAAUGAGGAAAGCAGAGAAGAUCUCAAGGUGCAUGUCCUGCCCUCAGAGAUGAAGAUGGAAUUUUUUUCUACCCUUAAUAUGGAUGGUAUAAUGAAACAACAUUUUCUUCAGGACAAACUCACAUUGUUUUAAACACAUUGUUUUACUUUGUUGUCAUAUUCAUGUUGUACUACAACAUAUCAGAAACAGUGAAGCAUAGCAGAAAGAGAUCUGUGACGUCUCCUUUGAAGUGUCUGUCAUGUUAAAAUGCUGCCUGCGUAAGUAAAGGGAAGGAAUGCCAUAAAACAGUGUUAUAAUAUUCAGGAAGUGUACUUCUACAGCGAGAUAUAACAGGAAAGAGUAAAGCUCUGCACUAGUGUUUGGAAGUGUCAAUAUAUUCUGUCAACUAUACUUCACCUCACUGUCCUCUCAUAUCAAACCUGAACUGACAGGUCAUGCUCCGUUUUAUGCAUAACCCGCUUUGUGCUCUCUUCUGUUUAGAUAAUUUAAGCAAACAUGGUUGAAAAUGACUAUACAUUUCUUUAUUUAUGAAAUUAAUGUAAUGUGUAAAGAAAAAAACAAACAUAUUAUGGUUCCUAAAGUUGAGUGUAUUUAUUAUUUGGAUGGUGUGUGGAUAGCGUGAAUGCAAUAUAAGAUGAGCUGGGGGAGUCUUCCAGCAAAGCACCUUGUGACAUGGAAAAUCAAAACUGAUCAAGUGAAGUAAGGGUUACUGUCUUCUAAAUGUACAUGUUAUUAUAAUCACACAAACAAACCAUCCUGUUGAAAUGGAUUUCAUAUUUGUGUCACUACAAAUAACAGUGUUAUUUGUUUAUGUUUUUUUGUUUUUUUUCUGGUGGCCAUUGUGUGGCUUUAUCUUCUCCCAGUCACUGUAUUUGUUUCAUUAACAGAAAUUGUAAAUGUUAUGUAAUGAAUUACUGUAAGUAUCGAA